UUAAAAAGUAAAAAAAUGGCCAACCGUAUUCGUUUGUGUUGGAGAGGCAAUUUGGAGCGCAUAUUGCCACUUGCCACUUGCCACCAAAACACGCUCUUCACUGCCACCAUUCGCUACGUUUUAACCGAGGAAGAGAAGGAGUAGAGCAGUGGCUUUUGGGUACAUCGAGUUUUGAGGAAACUUUGGGGGUAGAAAUGCCGGGCCUUACAGCUCCUUCAGAUUAUUCGCAAGACCCACCUCGGCAUCCUUGCCUCCGUAUCAAUUCUAAGCAACCUUUUAAUGCUGAGCCACCGCGUUCGGCUUUGAUAAACUCGUAUGUGACUCCCGUGGAUUUGUUCUACAAGAGGAAUCACGGCCCAAUUCCAAUAGUUGAUGACAUAGAAAGAUAUUCAGUUACUAUAUCUGGUUUGGUAGAAGAUCCCAGGAAGCUAUCAAUGAAAGAUAUCAGGAUGCUUCCCAAGUAUGAUGUCACUGCAACAUUGCAGUGUGCAGGCAAUAGAAGAACGGCUAUGAGCAAAACAAGAAAAGUGAAGGGAGUUGGGUGGGAUGUCUCGGCUAUAGGAAAUGGAUACAUGAAACUCAGGAAGGAAGGGAUGGAAUCAUGCACAGCUGUAUGGGGUGGUGCGAAAUUGGCUGAUGUCCUUGCACUUAUUGGAAUUCCUAAGUUAGCAAGUUCCACUAAAACAGGAGGAAGACAUGUGGAAUUUGUAAGCGUUGAUAAGUGUAAGGAGGAAAAUGGAGGUCCCUACAAGGCAUCUAUUCCCCUUAUACAGGCUACAAACCCUGAAGCAGAUGUUCUACUUGCUUACGAGAUGAAUGGAGAGACGCUUAACAGGGAUCAUGGAUAUCCAUUGCGUGUUGUUGUCCCUGGUGUUAUCGGUGCACGCUCUGUUAAAUGGCUUGAUUCAAUUAAUAUAAUUGCAGAUGAAUGCCAGGGUUUCUUUAUGCAAAAGGACUACAAAAUGUUCCCACCUUCAGUGGAUUGGGAUAAUAUAAAUUGGUCUACCAGGAGGCCACAAAUGGAUUUCCCUGUUCAGAGUGCAAUCUGUUCUUUGGAGGAUGUGAAUGUAGUGCGGCCUGGAAAGGUACCAGUACGUGGAUACGCAGUAUCAGGAGGUGGUCGUGGAAUUGAAAGAGUAGAUGUGUCGGUUGAUGGAGGAAAAACUUGGGUGGAAGCAACUAGAUACCAGAAGAUUGGCACCCCAUAUAUUUCAGAUGAUGCAAGCAGUGACAAAUGGGCAUGGGUGCUCUUCGAAGCCACAGUUGAUGUCCCAAACAACACUGAAAUUGUUGCUAAAGCAGUUGAUUCAGCAGCAAAUGUGCAGCCUCAAAAUGUGGAAAGCAUAUGGAAUCUGAGAGGGAUAUUGAACACCUCAUGGCAUGGGGUUCAAGUUCGAGUUGGUCACUCAAACAUGUAAAAGACCAAACCCUAGAAAGAUUCAUGGUUUGUUCUUGUAAUCUGUGAGGGCCUGCUUUCCAUGUGAUAAUGCCAAUAUAAACCAGUUUACAUGUUGAAGCUUUGUAGGUGGGUGGGGGCAUUUGCUGGCAGUGCAUUUAACCACUGUAGUCCUUUAGGUUGGCUUGUCUCAUCAAUCUGUUGUUUGGGUCAUAUUUCAGUGGAUGUCUACAAUAAAGCAAGUAAUAAUAGCCAGACAAGUUAGAUUGGAAAACUUUCACCCACUACAUUUGGGGUUUUGGACUGACUUAGCUUGUUUCUUUUCUUUUCUUAUUUUUAUUAUUAUUAUUAUUAUUUUUUUA